UGGCUGGGGUACAGCAGGUGCCGCGUCCGGAUUGAUCAAAGCCAGGUGGGCGGGGCUGUCGCCCAGGGCGACUCUCCCGGGAGGCGCGUGCCCCGGCUCAGUAGCACUGGGGCUGGCGCGCGCGGCGAAUCUUAACGCUGCGCCGUCUGCGGACGCUUCCGGGCCACCGGUUUCCCUGCCUUCCACCCUGGCGCCCCCCAGCCCUGGCUCCCCGGCUGCCCUGCCCCGGGCGUCCACGCCCUGCGGGCUCAGCGGAUUCAGCGGGCUCAAUCUGCGCAGCACCUCCUCCAUGUUGACCAAGCCUCUGCAGGGGCUCCCCGCGCCCCCGGUGACCCCCACGCCGCCACCAGGAGGCAAGGAUCGGGAAGCGUUCGAGGCCGAGUACCGACUUGGCCCCCUCCUGGGUAAGGGGGGAUUUGGCACGGUCUUCGCGGGACAUCGCGUCACAGAUCGACUCCAGGUGGCCAUCAAAGUGAUCCCUCGGAAUCGUGUGUUGGGCUGGUCCUCCUUGUCCGACUCAGUCUCAUGCCCCCUCGAAGUGGCACUGCUCUGGAAGGUGUGUGCAGGUGGUGGGCACCCUGGUGUCAUCCGCCUGCUCGACUGGUUUGAGACACCUGAGGGCUUCAUGCUGGUCCUCGAGCGGCCUCUGCCGGCCCAGGAUCUCUUUGACUACAUCACAGAGAAGGGCCCGCUGGGGGAAGGCCGAAGCCGCAGCUUCUUUGGCCAGGUGGUGGCAGCUGUCCAACACUGCCACGCCCGUGGAGUCGUCCACCGUGACAUCAAGGACGAGAACAUCCUGAUAGACCUACGCCGGGGCUGCGCCAAGCUCAUCGAUUUUGGUUCGGGUGCCCUGCUUCAUGAUGAACCUUACACUGACUUUGAUGGGACAAGGGUGUACAGCCCGCCGGAGUGGAUCUCCCGACACCAGUACCACGCGCUCCCGGCCACUGUCUGGUCCCUGGGCAUCCUCCUUUAUGACAUGGUGUGUGGGGACAUUCCCUUCGAGAGGGACCAGGAGAUUUUGGAGGCUGAACUCCAUUUCCCGGGUCAUGUCUCCCCAGACUGCUGUGCCCUGAUCCGCCGGUGCCUGGCCCCUAAACCCUCUUCCCGACCGUCACUGGAGGAGAUCCUGCUGGACCCCUGGAUGCAAACACCAGCUGAAGAUGCACCCCUCAACCCCCCCAAAGGAGGUCCCUCCCCCUUGGCCUGGUCCCUGCUGCCCUAGUCCUGGCCAGGCCCCCCUAGUGACCAUAAUAGCCAUCCCAUGGCCAUGCCACAGGGAUAGACGGACAUCUGUUGACCUGGUUUUACAGGUCACUAACAAUCCAGUGUUACUAAAGUCGGGGGGACGGGGGGGGGGUCCCCGGGGUCAGAAGACAAGCCAGGUCUGCCCAGUCCCCAUCCCAGUCCUGUGAAGGAGCCUCUCUCCCAGGACCCAUGGCCCCUUGUUCUGAAGAGAGGGACUUCCUUGCUUCUUGUUUUGCUAGGGGUGUUGAUUGGGUUGAAAUUCACUCCAUUCUGAGGCACAAGACUCUUCAUUCUACUGAGUUGUUAGCCCCGUACGGGUACCUCCUGUGACCACCACACACACUUGGUUCAGAUGCUCUUACGUGGGCAAAGGGUGCUUUCCUGUCAGUGCCCCAGCAGCUCUGAAGUUAGCAAAGGGACCCUUUCCCCAGCCUGGGGUCCUCUGUUGGGUCAAGCUGCUCACCUACCUCAGCCCAGGAUUGCUGAUUCUGGGGGAGGUAAUGCCCAAUUGUUAUCCCAGGGUGCGUGCGUGCGCGCGCGCGCGCUCUCUCUCUGUUUUGUUUGGUUUUGGUUUUGGUUUUGGUGAUGGGACCCUACUUUGUUAUCCCAAGUGCUCUUAUUCUGGUGAGAACAACCUACUCCCAUGAUCUGGGAAGGAAGGCAGAUGGAUACCACCAGACACCACCAGACACUAGGACGGCACAGUUGGUUUCUUGGGAGAUGGGCUGGGGAAAUGAGUCGUGCUGAGUGUUCUCUUUGGGGCACCCUCUCCACCUUUUGCCUCCUCCUGAGCCAGGAUUAUCCAGUUGCUAAAAUGUAAAUACUUAUGUAUUGGGCGGUGGGGAGUCGCAAGUGUGCCCUCUUCUCCCUUCUCCCCCUGCCUGGAUUAUUUAAAAAGCCAUGUGUGGAAACUCACUAUUUAAUAAAAGUAAUAGACUCCAA